AUGUUUAAUCAUUUUUUAAGAAAUAUCAAAUUGCUUUAGAAUGUAAAGUAAUUAGUGUUAGGUAAUCCAACAGCCAAUAUGGAUUCAUGUGUUGGAUCUAUUCUUUUGCUCUAUCAUAUGAUUUAAUUUAAUAUUCCAACAUCAUCAUCUAUCAAUUAUUACAAUAGCUAAUCAUUUAGAUCUCUUUUUUAAGAUGGCUGA